AUGAACUCCUCGAUUCUUGCUAUCUUCGCUGUUCUCGCUGUUAUCGCCUUCGCUGGACCCGGUGGACCAAUGUUCUUGAGAGAUCAACCGAGAAAUGUGCAGCAGUCGUAUUACCAAAUUAUGAGAAACUCGCAGUUGACUCAGCAACAGAAGGACCAACAGCUUCAGCAGUGGGCUCAGACCAAUAAUCUUUCGACUCAAUACUCCGCCUACACCCAACAACAACAGCAAAUGGAGCAACAAAUCAGCCAGAACACAACUCGAAUCAUUAGCCAACUCUCGAUGGUUCAAACUCAACUCGAACAGAUUCUCGACAACGACUCUCAAACUGGUCAACAGAAACAACAAGCUAUCCAAUCGCUCUCCAACCAGUACCCACAAGAAGUCCCAGUUCUGUUCUAUAUCAGAAAAAUGGGAAAGAGACAAAUGGGAAUGGAUAUGGAUGAUUAA